AUGGAUUGUCAAGAAGCACACUUCCGGAUGCAACUGAGGAUGCAAAAGCAACAACUGGAGGAGAAAGUUAAGGGAGAUGAAACUUUAGGAGAACAAUUUCAGGAAAUGGAACGCAGGUUGAAGGAAGAAAUAACUGAAAAAGAUGCGAGACAAGUAGUUUUGUGUGAAAAGAUCUCCGAAAAGGACCAGCAGUUGACGGAGAUGAUACAACAAUUGACAGUGACAGUGGAGCGGGAAGAAGAUCUUAAGACGCAGACAAAGAAUGUAGAAGAACAGCUGAGAGAGAAUGAGGAGCAAGUUGAGAAUUUACGAACGAACCUGAAAGAUGUAGAGAAACGAUUAACACAGAAAGAGGCACAAGAAGAAAAUUUACGAUUAAGCCUGGAGCAGAUGGAGCAAAGGAUGAGAGAAGAAUUAACACAAAAGGAAACGAGUGAAACUGAGUUGCGCAAACAGCUUAGCGAAAGGGAGGAGCAGGCUGUUGACUAUCAGAGACAUUUGAGCGGGAUGGAACAGCAAUUGUCAGAAAAAGAUGAUCAAAAGGAAACUUUACUGAAACAACUUAGGGAGAUGGAACAACGAUCGAGAGAGGUUACAGCGGAGAAUGAGAUGAGAGAAAAUGAGUUUCGUGAACAAACCAGAGGAGAGAGAGAGCAAGAACUGAGGGAGAUGGCACGUCAGUUGAUUGAGAAGAAGCAAAAAGAGGAGAACUUACGCGCGCAAAUAAGGGUACACUUAAUGGAACAACGGCUGAGAGAAGAAAUGGAAGAAGAAGCUACUAGGCUAGUUGAACAGCUUAGAGAAAGGGAUCAACAAAUAGAACACUUUCAGAUGCAGUUGCAAGGGCUACGUGAACAACUCAGAGAAAAGGAUCAGCAUUUAGCAAACGCUCGAACGCAGGUGGAGGAGCAAGAACUACUCAGAACAGAUCUCCAGCACCAACUUGAAGCAAUUGUAGCAGAAAAUGCAAAUCUCCGACAACAGGUUGUUAACCUCGAGAAUCACACCGGAUCACAGCCCGAUGAUUGGGUAAUUUCCCGGGAUAAUAUUCAGUUGACUGAUAAAAACCUUGGAGUUGGAGGGUGGGGUGAGGUUUUUGAGGGCAGGUACUGUGGCUGUUCUGUUGCCGUGAAGCGAAUCCAUGAGGCAAUUAAUUCGUCUCACAACCAGAGUUUGUUCCAGAGGGAAAUUGAUAUUGCUUCACGAUGCCGACACCCUUGCUUGCUGCAGUUUAUCGGAGCGACUUAUGACGAGGAAAUUCCACUGUUUGUUACUGAGCUGAUGGAAUCAAAUUUGCGCGAGCUACUGGAACAACGACCUCUUUCCCGUGAGGAAAUCACCGUAAUUUCGCUUGAUGUGGCUUGA